CUACCUGAUCGAUAUAGCUUAAUUAACAGAGAAUUUUAUAAAUACAAUUCUGAUAAUUACAAUAAUGGCUGCUGCUGGACCUAUGCAUAUUUCUGGUGUUAAUGCGGGUGCAAUUCCUGUAGUAGAGAGAGAAAGCAUUUACCGAUGGAUCAAUGAACUAUCAAGUCCGGAUACGAGAGAGUCUGCUCUUUUGGAGCUGAGCAAGAAACGAGAAACAGUACCUGACCUUGCACCGAUGCUUUGGCAUUCUUUUGGGACAAUAGCAGCAUUGUUGCAGGAGAUUGUCAAUAUUUAUCCUUCUAUCAAUCCACCGACGCUGACAGCCCAUCAAUCAAAUCGUGUAUGCAAUGCCUUAGCAUUGCUUCAAUGUGUUGCUUCACACCCAGAGACACGAACUGCUUUUUUAACUGCUCACAUUCCGUUAUUUCUUUACCCUUUUCUGCAUACUACAAGUAAAACUCGACCAUUCGAGUAUCUUCGAUUAACGAGUCUUGGCGUUAUCGGAGCGCUUGUGAAAACUGAUGAACAAGAAGUUAUUACAUUCUUGCUAACAACUGAAAUCAUACCGCUCUGCUUAAGAAUCAUGGAGUCUGGGAGCGAAUUGUCAAAAACUGUAGCGACUUUUAUUCUUCAGAAAAUUUUAUUAGAUGAUACCGGUCUUCAAUACAUUUGUCAAACAUAUGAGCGCUUUUCACACGUUGCCAUGAUACUUGGAAAAAUGGUUAUGUCUCUUUCAAAAGAACCAUCUGCACGUUUGUUGAAGCAUGUCGUCCGGUGUUAUCUACGUCUUUCUGACAAUGCUCGUGCAAAAGAAGCUUUGCGUCAGUGCCUUCCAGAUCAACUCAAAGAUACCACAUUUCUUACAGUUCUGAAAGAUGACAACACAACAAAAAGGUGGUUGACACAGUUAAUUAAAAAUCUUCAAGAAUCUGGUAUCCCAGACCAGAGAGUGAUAACAAUGCCGCAGUAGCGAAUUCAAAAUACUAGAAUAAAUAUAUUUGAAUUGAUAUCAAGAACUGAUAUAAUAUUCCAAAAAAUCAUACAAUAAAUGAGUAAAUUAUUUUUUAUUAACAGUGAACCCACAUUGAGUUGUAUUAUAAAUAUUUAGAUUUUUCUCACCAUUGCCUUUGCAUUUUCCACAUGUUCACAAGUCACAACUGGAUAAAAUUUUAAUUAUUUUCAUUUUUUUAAUAUUUUCAAUCUCUAUCCACCUUACUACAUAACGGUAGCCAUAACCGAUAUGAUGUUUGCUAAUCUGGUUGACUUUAUAUUACCAUGAAAAUUGCCUAAUAUGUCUUUUUACACCUAUACAUGAAACAAUUGUUAAUAUCAUAUCAUUUUUGAAUACCCAAUAUCCUAUAUAAGUUUGAUGUGAGCUUGUUACUUCUUGGAUAUCGGUCAUAGCAACUCUUUUUUGUAUAUUUUCUGAAUGCACAUUGUUAGAUAUUUCAGUUGCUUUUCUCUGGUAUAAUUCCCUUUUAUUCCCGAUAUAAACUUGCUAAGAGUAAAUUCAGUUUAAAGUAUUUGGGUCAAAUACAUUAUGCCCAUCUCAAGAUCAAUGAUGCAGAUUUACAUUUUCAAAUUUGUACUGGGCAUGGAAAGGAUGAAAAUUAGAAUAAAUUUAACUUGACUAACUUCGAUUGGCUUGGAGGUCAAAUAAAAUUUGUCCAUAUGUCAUCAAAUGACGAAAUUGUCAGGAAUACCCUGUAACAUUUUUGUAAUAAAUCCAAUUUUUAUUUGCACUAUUUUGCAAAUUCAUUGGUUAGCAAUAAUCACAAGUCGUGACAAUAUUUUCUUUUUGAAUUCUUUUGUAGUUAACAAGUAUUUUAUUGAGCCAAUAAUCAUCACAGUUUUUCUAUCUGCAGCUUUCACUUGGCUUAUGACACUGAUAUGAUGCCGGUCUUUCAUUUUGUUGUGAAUAGGAAUAAAUAUUGCUUUGUGCCUUGUGUUGAAAUUUGAUAAAAAUGAUAAUGUUUAGUAUGUAAUUUGACUAUUAUUAUUUUAUUGGUUCUUUAUAUUAAAUAAUUGUUAUUUUUUUGCCAGA